AUGUCUACCUACUUCCCGCCCAACGUCGCAGGACCGUCCAAUACAGGAUCGUCGAAUGCGCCUUCCGUACAAGCCCGCACUCCACCAGGUUGGCCACCGAGCACAGCGCAAGCAACUAUGUCUCCUCAUGCCAUUCUCACCAAUGGACACGACUACGGACAAGGACCUCCCAAGAAGAAGCCCAAGCUCACACCCUCGACGCAAACUCUCGAUAACAUCAUUGACAUCAUUCCGUCGGGGCCGCCAGGCGAUCUGGUCAUCCAAGUCAAACUUCCGAUCACGCCCAGUCUGACAGGAUCUAUGGCGACCACAAAGCCGUGCCUCAUCCGUGUCCAUUCACUGAUUCUUACAUUGGCAUCUCCCUACUUCGCGAAUCUGCUCGCCACAGAUGGUACAGAACAGAAGAGCUUCUCCGCGUCCUCACCGCUCUUGCUUCCAGACGAUAUGGACGGCGCAGCCUUUCUCGAUUGGGUCCUCAUGAUCUGCAACCAGACGGAAACUCUGCAGAAGAAUGCGAUUGCAGGUCCGCCUGUCAACCCAAGAUCCCCAAGUAAUGCUUCCAAUACCCCCGAGACCGACAACAAGAAGCUAAAACAGCCAUACAUGGGCCGCUUCCCACGCGUCGUCGCGGUCGCCAGACGCCUAGGUUGCGCCGAGAGCAUGAAGAGCUGGUGUGCUAUGCCGCUGUGGAGGUUCUUUGGUCCGAAGGGUGAAGCUGAUGAGGAAGGUCUGGGAGCGGCUGGGCUGAGUGUCCUGGAUGCAAUUGCGAUUGCCUACGUUGUGCGAGACGAAUCCCUCUUCAGACGCGCCACCGAGUAUGCUCUGGUUCACUUCACAGAUGACCAGCUAGAGGAGGAGAUCGGAGGCGGCUUGGCUGGAGCUUUGCCAUUGGGAUUGAUCGAAACAAUCAAGUCUACCCGUCGUCGAUCCCUACUCCAGCUCGAACGCGCCUUACACGUCCCCAUCCUCGCGAUUCACGCCAAACUUCUCGAUCCAGAAGAGCCCUUGGAACUGCAUCCGAUCGAGCCCUGCGAGCUCGCGACCGAGAAACUCGCGCUAUACACGCUGCAGCUUUGUCACUUGAAGCAGGGACGAUUCAGUCUGGCCGACGAUACCAACGAUGGCGUGCAUGGCUCGGGUAAGGUCAAGGGGUUGAGUCUCUGGGAGGUUUGGGAGGGUUGCGAGGAGAUGGAGGCGGUGUUGCCGAAGGACUGUCGCAAGUGUGGGAAGAACUGCGAGGGAGGCUGUAUGGUUGAUGUGAGAAAGGGAUUGAGAGACGCGGUGGAGAUGGCGAAGGGUGGCGUCAAGGGUUUGUGUUUGGGUUGUGUGGUUGAGGGCAAGAUGGAAUGCAGCGGUCAUGGGCAGGAGAGCCGACGGAGAGGCAUGGCGGAUGGUACGGCGUCGGCGGUAUGA